AUGGCAAAAUUUCAGAGUUUGUUGAAGAAGCUGAUACAGGGGGUGGGUGGGGUUGCAGGCCUGAUGUCUGUCCAGGCCGGGGACCAGAGUCUGCUGGCCUGUAUCAAGCGGCUGCUGCUCUCUAAACAGGAAGUGCUGCAGGUGGGGGCAUGUCAUGUCCUUGCCCAAUUACUUGACCCCGUGGCCGGGGAGACGUAUGGACCCCAGGUGCUGCAGUCUGACCUUGUGGAGUUUCUGUUUGAAGCCUUGAACACGGAGCAAACAUUUCAGAUAGAGAGCAUCUUCAAAGUGCUGAAGACUUUAUCAGGACUGGGACAGUUCUACAAGAGGUGCCAUGCAGUGUAUGGUGUGGAGUCAUUGUUGCGAGCUGUGACGGUUGCCAAGGAGAUGAAGAACCCUCACCUACUAGAGCUGGGCUUCUCCGUACUGGCACAGGUGCUCACCAAACACCCGAGUGACAUGCCCCUGUUUGUGAGCCCGGGUGUGGUCCAGAAAUGCCUGUGUGUUGUGCGAGGGGGGCUGGAGCACCAACAGCCAGCUGUCUUCUACCAGGCAAUGGAUACACUAACACCACUGCUCAGCAAAAAUUAUUUACUGACUCCAAUUCCAUUCGAUGACCUUGGUGACUUGGUUACCAAAGCAACCACGCAUGUCUGGGCUGACCUUGGUCAGAGGUCAGGGACAAAAAGGGGCCAAGGGGACAGACAUAUGUGGGUUGAGCAGACACAGAAAUGUAUGGAAAUGCUGAGCAGUUGUGUAAAGCUGUGUUUAGAGUGUGCUGGUGAUCAUUCAUUGUGUGAGAGCAGUUUUGCUGUCCCAGAUAUGGACGACCAGUCGGGAAGUUCCAGUGAAAAGUUUGUACACACGGUCUUGGCUGCUGUAGAUGAUAUGGGUAUCCCUCUCAUGAUGUUGUCCUGGGAGAGAGGUGACAGCCCUGAGUGGUACAUUCAGUGUUUAAACCUGCUGGCUGACCUUGAUGACCUGGACACCAUGGCAACCAGUGAACUUCUCUAUAAACUGUUGACUGCUGGCUUUCUAACCAGUCUGCUAGAGUUGAAACAGCAGUUUAACAGCGGCAUAUUGACAAGAUCAAUUGGAAAUGUGCUGUCCCUGCUGCUGAUAUGUUGUCAGAGUAAAGGACUGCUGCCCUCGAACAUGGACAUGCCUGGGAGGUUCACAUUAGAUGGCUUAAAUUGGAAGGUAGCAGACCUGCAGGAAGUUUUCGGAGGCAGUGUUCUUCCACAAUCAGUGGUGGAGUCGUAUCUACUCCUCCUCUAUAUAGACCUGCAGUUGGAAAAUAGGAUCCUAUCACCUGAACAAUUAGCUGCCCUGGCACAAGCCAUUGUGGACCACCAGUGUGCUGUAGACCAGUUAUCUCCUUUGGCUCAGAAACAUUUCAUUUAUUUGCUAGCUUAUGUCUGUGUAGCUGGAAGCUGUAAUAUUAGCUGCAUUAUUUCAAAUGGGGUUGGUAGUGUGGCUAGGCUGAUGGAGGGGAGAAUGGAGGACUGGUACACACACAAUCCCGUGCUGUUACACUGGGUCUUCCUGGAUCCUAUACUUGCUGGAACAUGUAGACAUUCUGUGGUAGGUGUUAGUAGUGUGGCUAGGCUGAUGGAGGGGAGAAUUGAGGACUGGUACACACACAAUCCUGUGCUGCUACACUGGGAUUUCCUGGAUCCUAUACUGGCUGGAACAUGUGGACAUUCUGUGGUAGGUGUUGGUAGUGUGGCUAGGUUGAUGGAGAGGAGAAUGGAGGACUGGUACACACACAAUCCCGUGCUGUUACACUGGGUCUUCCUGGAUCCUAUACUGGCUGGAACAUGUGGACAUUCUGUGGUAGGUGUUGGUAGUGUGGCUGGGCUGAUGGAGAGGAGAAUGGAGGACUGGUACACACACAAUUCUGUGCUGUUACACUGGGUCUUCCUGGAUCCCAUACUGGCUGGAACAUGUAGACAUUCUGUGGUAGGUGUUGGUAGUGUGGCUAGGUUGAUGGAGGGGAGAAUGGAGGACUGGUACACACACAAUCCCGUGCUGCUACACUGGGUCUUCCUGGAUCCCAUACUGGCUGGAACAUGUAGACAUUCUGUGGUAGGUGUUGGUAGUGUGGCUAGGUUGAUGGAGGGGAGAAUGGAGGACUGGUACACACACAAUCCUGUGCUGCUACACUGGGAUUUCCUGGAUCCUAUACUGGCUGGAACAUGUGGACAUUCUGUGGUAGGUGUUGGUAGUGUGGCUAGGCUGAUGGAGGGGAGAAUGGAUGAUUGAUACACACACAAUC